GUCGACGGAUCCCGAAGAAGGCCGGAAGACGUCACCGUCGCCAUUCUCACCGCCCUCGCUUUUAUUAUUCAAACCCCCCUUCCUCUCUCUCCCUACUCGUCCUCCUCACUCCACCUACCUACCGUUCGGCAUUCGCCUCCUCUCUCCCCCACCGGCCACCGGCGCAGCCUCCCCCGCUCCACUCGCCGGCGACCACCGCGCCGCUAUCCCUGCCCCUGGCUCCCGGCGCUGACGGCAUGGCGUCCCCGACCGCCGCCGCCUCCCCGAGCCGCGCCCUCGCCGCCAACACCACCGCGCCCUCGCCGGCCUCCCCGCCGCGCCGCCUCGCGUCGGCGCCGCCCGGCGUGGACGCGUCCGCGGUCUCGUCCCCGGCAUCCGCCUACUCCGGAGACCUCUCCGCGUGCGAUCCCUCGAGCCCGUUGCUCGCGAGCAGGAGCGAGGAGUACAGGCUAAUGUUCCGGCUCCCUCCCGACGAGGUUCUUGUGCAAGAUUUUAAUUGCGCACUCCAAGAAAAUAUUCUUCUUCAGGGCCAUAUGUAUUUAUUUCUACACCAUAUAUGCUUCUACUCCAACAUUUUUGGAUACGAGACAAAGAAAACUAUACCUUUGCAGGAUGUGACUGAUAUUCGCAAAGCAAAAACAGCUGCUAUUUUUCCUAAUGCCGUAGAAAUUGUUGCUGGCACAAAGAGGCAUUUUUUUGGAUCUUUCUUGGCACGUGAUGAAGCAUAUCGUAUUAUAGUAGAUGCUUGGGAACAUCAUGUCAGUGAUACUAGAUUGCUCCUUGAACGUCAGGAUGCAAAGUCAGCAAGCAGCAGUGAUGAAAAUGGUUAUGUUUUGUUGGAAGAAGGAAAAGAAUCUAAACAAGAUGAUGAUUCAUCGCCAUUGGACAGGCCUGCCAAUCAUACAGCUGCAGUGGGUGGUAGUACUGAUUAUGUUGAUUCAGACAUCAAUAUUUCUAAAAGGUUUUCAAAAGUGCCAGAGGAUCGAACUGAAGAGACUGUUGCUUCACUUGACCCAUUUAGCUCGGAGCCAUUUGAUGACGAUGCUCCUAAUGUACCUGAGUCCUAUACUUUGAUCACGGAGUCUAAGUUUCAGGUGCCUGUGGAAGUUCUCUUUGAUGUCUUAUUCUCUGAUGGUGCCUUUGGGUUUUUGGAUGAUCUCCAUAAAAAGUGUGGUGACAAAGAAUUCCGUUGUUCCAAAUGGCGUUUGGAUGAGCAAGGACUUGCAAGGGAUGUCUCAUUUUUGCACCCAAUUAAAAUUUAUCUUGGUGCAAAAUUUGGCACUUGUCAGGAGGUUCAGAAACUUCGUCUGUACAAAAACAGGCAUAUUGUGAUUCGGACAUCUCAGGAAAUCGGUGAUGCACCAUAUGGGGACCAUUUCAUUGUUGAGGGCAUCUGGGAUGUUGAACAAGAUAGCCUAGAUGGAAACAGUUGCUACCUCAGGGUAUAUAUUAAUGUCGCGUUCUCGAAGAAGACCAUAUUUAGAGGGAAAAUAGAGCAAUCAACAAAGGAUGAAUGUCGUGAAGUUUUUAGUCUCUGGAUCAAGCUUGGUCAUGAUUAUUUGAAGCAGGAUAAUAGCUCUCGGUUGAAAGACGCAGAAGCGUCCACCGCAACUAAUGCCGAUGUUCAAUCAGGGGCUACUCUGAUUAGUGAAAAUCCUUCGGAAAAUACAGUCGCAUAUAUGGCUUCUGCACCAUAUGAAUCUGGUUUGAGUACCCUCGUUCCUCCUAUUCAUCAUCAUCAACAGAGCAUAGGAAAAGGCUCUUUAGCAUCCGCUUCACAAGAAUUGUGGGGUUCACUAGUCUCAUAUAUGAGAUCCGGUCAAUCUGGUCCAGUGUUAGCAGUGAUGCUUGUGGCCAUCAUUAUCUUAAUGCAGGUAAUAGUCAUUGUGCUACUCACUAGAUCCCCCAAGGUCCUGAUGGUUAGUCAUGAGGCCUCUGGAAGCAGCUUUGGUUCUUAUAGCAAGGAGAGCUUAGAGUGGCUGCAGAAGCGAGUGAGCUUACUAGGUGAGGAGAUGCAGAUGGCGGAGGCGCACAUGGAGAAGAUGCGGCAUGAGUUUGCCUGGCUCAAGUCUCACCUUGAAAGACUGGAGAAGCUGAGGAGCCGCUCAUGACUGGCAAAUUCAACUAGCCUCCGGACUGGGUGAUUAUGGACGUGUCACGUGGUUACAUGCAACCAAGAGGUGUGAUGUUUCUGUUCUGUGUUGUAGAUCGUAUAGCUACGAGAGUAUAAAGAUGAGGAUUGUAGAAACACUGCCGUAAGGCGGAAUCCUGGUAUAGCAUUGAUGCGGUGUAUAUAUCUGGACUGCGCCCCACUGUGCCUGAGCCCAGGUGGUGUAUAUUUAUUAGACGUUACAGCAGGAUGGCGGUGGUGUUACAAGGAACACCCGUUGGCAGAAAAUAUUCAAUUUUCUCAUUUUCUGA